AUGCAAAAGGCGCUGUACUACGAAAAUGCAGGCCCUUUCUUGGAAUACUCGUGCCAAGACCCCACUGCGUUGGGAUUCCAGCAACUGUAUUCAACUCCCGCGGAGUAUCAGUCCCUGACCUACUACUUGCCCGAAGACAACUCGCCAUGUGACCCCGGCAGCGACCCCGAGCACAGCGCGGCCCCCAGCGGCUGCCGCGUCCCCGACUUGCCUGAGACCCCUCUCCGCCACCCUCCGCUCACCCCUUCGCCGGACUCCAGCACCACCUCGGCCCAGAGGAGCCCGUGCAGAAGCGCCUCGAACCCGCCCGACCGCAGCCCUGGCGCAGACAAAGCCCGAAUCGCCAGCACCUCUUCCUCCAGCACUCAUUUGCCCAAACAAAUCUUCCCCUGGAUGGGAGAGAGGCGCCAGACGUCCAAACAGAAGCACCCCAGUUCCGCUGUAUCAGCGACUGCAGAGGUGCUCUCUAGCCCCCCCCGUACCUGUGUCUUGUCCGCACUCACACACACAUGUGCUUCUUUGCCUGUCUGUCCAUCUGUGUGUCGCCUAGGGGAGUCGGCCAGCAGCGGGGAGACCAGCCCCCCAGGGGGUGCGUCCAAGCGCGCCCGCACAGCCUACACCAACGUGCAGCUGGUGGAGCUGGAGAAGGAGUUCCACUUCAACCGCUACCUGUGCCGGCCCCGGCGCCUGGAGAUGGCCGCCCUGCUCAACCUGUCCGAGCGGCAGAUCAAGAUCUGGUUCCAGAACCGCCGCAUGAAGUACAAGAAGGACCACAAGGGCCGGGCGGGGCUGGGCUCCCCCCUCGGGGGGCUGUCCCCCAGCCGCAGCCCCCCGCCGGGCUCCUCGUUCUCGGGCGAGCUGGGCUACGAGGCGCCCCUCUCUCAGCCCUACGGCAAGGCGGCCCCCGGCAGCAGCAUCUACGGCCUGGCCGCCUACUCCGCACCCCCCUACGAGUGCCCCCCGCCCGCGGCGCAGAAGCGGUACGCCGCGACCUCGCUGGCGCAGGAGUACGAGCAGCUCUGCGUGCCGGGGGACAGCGGCUACGGCAACCCCAGCUCCGGGUACUCGGGGGCCGGCUUCGCCGAGCCCCACGCCCCCGCCCUGCUCUCCUCCCACCCGCCGUCCCAGCUCUUCCACCUCCCCCACCCCUCCUCCGCCAGCAUGGACUACUCCUGCCCCGCCUCCAGCCCCGCCAGGCACGGCCUGGGCCCCUGCGACCCCAACCCCUCCUACACCGAGCUCAGCUCGCACUGCUGCACCGCUCAGGACAUCGCUCAGGAGCCGCCCACUCUCACACACCUGUAAGGGCCGGCCUCGGCGGUCGCCCCUCUCUCCCUCCCUCUCCCUCUCCAGACUUGAAUCCCUCUCUGACUCAGGUGGCGGACGCGCAGGUCUC